CACGCGUGACAGGUCGACUAGCGCAAGGGACGCUUAAGCACAGCAACAUAAUAUUGGUCCGGUCAAUAUCUUCCUGUGAGCGCAAAGGGGCCAGCAUGACCACCCCACCGCGCGGCAAAUCUACAUUGCGGCGGUCAGUGUUGGCUUCGGCGUUCAUCUUCGUCGCAGCACUGGAAACCGUAGCGCCUCUCUCGGUGACCAAAGUGGUGGACACAAGCUCCUCGUGCACGGACAAGCAGUUCAAGUGCGUCGCCGGAGGGAACUGCAUCCCGGGAUGGUGGCAGUGCGAUGGCACGUGGGACUGCAGAGACGGAUCGGACGAGCAGGACUGCCACGCAAACAGGACGUGUCUCGAAGAUCAAUUCAAGUGCGGACAAGGCGGUCACUGCAUCCCGGUCACCUUUCGUUGCGACGGUGAACGCGACUGCGAAGACGGAUCCGACGAGGCUAACUGCACCUCGGCGGAGAACUGCAAACAGGCUGGCUUCGCUUGCAGGGAUAGCGGAGAGUGCAUACCUGUGCUCAAGCGUUGCGACGGUAAGCGGGACUGCGAAGACGGCUCGGACGAAGAAAGCUGUACGUCUGCACGCGCUUGUUCGGAAACAGAAUUUGCUUGCAACGACAAAGGUCAAUGCAUAUUGGCAACGUGGCGGUGCGACGGUGACACCGACUGCUCGGACCGCUCGGACGAAGAGAACUGUACGUCUGCACGCAAUUGUUCGGAAAAAGAAUUUGCCUGUAAGGACAACGGUCAUUGCAUAUUGGCAACGUGGCUGUGCGACAGGGACCCCGAUUGCUCGGACCACUCGGAUGAAGAGAACUGUACGUCUGCACACACUUGUUCGGAAACAGAAUUUGCCUGCAAGGACAACGGUCAUUGCAUAUUGGCAACGUGGCGGUGCGACGGUGAACGCGACUGCUCAGACCGCUCAGACGAAGAAAAUUGUACGUCUGCACGCGCCUGUUCGGAAAUAGAAUUUGCGUGUCGGGACAACGGUGAUUGCAUAUUGGCAAGGUGGCAGUGCGACGGUGACCCCGACUGUUUGGACAACUCGGACGAAGAGAACUGUACGUCUACGCACACUUGUUCGGAAACAGAAUUUGCCUGCAAGGACAACGGUCAUUGCAUAUCGGCGACAUGGCGAUGUGACGGUGACCCCGACUGCUCAGACCACUCGGACGAAGAGAACUGUACGUCUGCACACACUUGUUCGGAAACAGAAUUUGCUUGCAACGACAAAGGUCAAUGCAUAUUGGCAACGUGGCGGUGCGACGGUGACACCGACUGCUCGGACCGCUCGGACGAAGAGAACUGUACGUCUGCACGCAAUUGUUCGGAAAAAGAAUUUGCCUGUAAGGACAACGGUCAUUGCAUAUUGGCAACGUGGCUGUGCGACAGGGACCCCGAUUGCUCGGACCACUCGGAUGAAGAGAACUGUACGUCUGCACACACUUGUUCGGAAACAGAAUUUGCCUGCAAGGACAACGGUCAUUGCAUAUUGGCAACGUGGCGGUGCGACGGUGAACGCGACUGCUCAGACCGCUCAGACGAAGAAAAUUGUACGUCUGCACGCGCCUGUUCGGAAAUAGAAUUUGCGUGUCGGGACAACGGUGAUUGCAUAUUGGCAAGGUGGCAGUGCGACGGUGACCCCGACUGUUUGGACAACUCGGACGAAGAGAACUGUACGUCUACGCACACUUGUUCGGAAACAGAAUUUGCCUGCAAGGACAACGGUCAUUGCAUAUCGGCGACAUGGCGAUGUGACGGUGACCCCGACUGCUCAGACCGCUCAGACGAAGAAAACUGUACGUCGGCGCGUGCUUGUUCAGAAACAGAAUUUGCCUGCAAGGACAACGGUCAUUGCAUAUUGGCAACGUGGCGGUGUGACGGUGACCCCGACUGCUCAGACCGCUCUGACGAAGAAAAGUGUACGUCCACGCGUGCUUGUUCGGAAACAGAAUUUGCCUGCAAGGACAACGGUCAUUGCAUAUUGGCAACGUGGCGGUGUGACGGUGACCCCGACUGCUCAGACCGCUCUGACGAAGAAAACUGUACGUCCACGCGUGCUUGUUCGGAAACAGAAUUUGCCUGCAAGGACAACGGUCAUUGCAUAUUGGCAACGUGGUGGUGUGACGGUGACCCCGACUGCUCGGACCACUCGGAUGAAGAGAACUGUACCUCUGCACGCACUUGUUCGGAAACAGAAUUUGCCUGCAAGGACAACGGUCAUUGCAUAUCGGUGACAUGGCGGUGUGACGGUGACCCCGACUGCUCGGACCACUCGGACGAAGAAAACUGUACGUCUCCCCACACUUGCUUACCAAAGCAGUUCGCGUGCAAGGACAAUGGUCGAUGUAUAUGGACAAAUUGGUGGUGCGAUGGUGAACGCGACUGCUUCGAUGGCUCGGACGAAGAGAACUGUACAUCCACGCAUGCUUGUUCGGAAACAGAAUUUGCCUGUAAGGACAAUGGUCAUUGCAUAUUGGCAACGUGGCGGUGUGACGGUGACCCUGACUGCUCGGACCGCUCGGAUGAAGAGAACUGUACGUCCGCGCGUGCUUGUUCGGAAGCAGAAUUCGCCUGUAAGGACAACGGUUAUUGCAUAUUGGCAACGUGGCGGUGUGACGGUGACCCCGACUGCUCGGACCACUCGGAUGAAGAGAACUGUACGUCUGCACACACUUGUUCGGAAACAGAAUUUGCCUGCAAGGACACGGGUCAUUGCAUUUCGGCGACAUGGAGAUGCGACGGUGAUGCCGACUGUUCAGACCGCUCAGACGAAGAAAACUGUACGUCCGCGCGUGCUUGUUUGGAAACAGAAUUCACCUGCAAGGACAACGGCCAUUGCAUAUUGGCAACGUGGCGGUGUGACGGUGACCCUGACUGCUCGGACCGCUCGGAUGAAGAGAACUGUACGUCCGCGCGUGCUUGUUCGGAAGCAGAAUUCGCCUGUAAGGACAACGGUUAUUGCAUAUUGGCAACGUGGCGGUGUGACGGUGACCCCGACUGCUCGGACCACUCGGAUGAAGAGAACUGUACGUCUGCACGCACUUGUUCGGAAACAGAAUUUGCCUGCAAGGACAAUGGUUAUUGCAUAUCGGCGACAUGGCGAUGUGAUGGUGACCCCGACUGCUCAGACCACUCGGACGAAGAGAACUGUACGUCUGCACACACUUGUUCGGAAACAGAAUUUGCCUGCAAGGACAACGGUCAUUGCAUAUCGGCGACAUGGCGAUGUGACGGUGACCCCGACUGCUCGGACCAUUCGGAUGAAGAGAACUGUACCUCUGCACGCACUUGUUCGGAAACAGAAUUUGCCUGCAAGGACAACGGUCAUUGCAUAUCGGCGACAUGGCGAUGUGACGGUGACCCCGACUGCUCGGACCGCUCAGACGAAGAAAACUGUACGUCCACGCGUGCUUGCUCGGAAACAGAAUUUGCGUGCAAGGACAACGGUCAUUGCAUAUUGGCAACGUGGCGGUGUGACGGUGACUCCGACUGCUCGGACCACUCGGACGAAGAAAACUGUACGUCUCCCCACACUUGCUUACCAAAGCAGUUCGCGUGCAAGGACAAUGGUCGAUGUAUAUGGACAAAUUGGUGGUGCGACGGUGAACGCGACUGCUUCGAUGGCUCGGACGAAGAGAACUGUACGUCCGCGCAUGCUUGUUCGGAAACAGAAUUUGCCUGUAAGGACAAUGGUCAUUGCAUAUUGGCAACGUGGCUGUGUGACGGUGACCCCGACUGCUCGGACCACUCGGAUGAAGAGAACUGUACGUCCGCGCGUGCUUGUUCGGAAGCAGAAUUCGCCUGUAAGGACAACGGUUAUUGCAUAUUGGCAACGUGGCGGUGUGACGGUGACACCGACUGCUCGGACAACUCGGAUGAAGAGAACUGUACGUCUGCACACACUUGUUCGGAAACAGAAUUUGCCUGUAAGGACAAUGGUCAUUGCAUAUCGGCGGCAUGGCGAUGUGACGGUGACGCCGACUGCUCAGACCGCUCAGACGAAGAGAACUGUACGUCUGUACGUGCUUGUUCAGAAACAGAAUUUGCCUGUAAGGACAAUGGUCAUUGCAUUUCGGCGACAUGGCGAUGUGACGGUGACCCCGACUGCUCAGACCGCUCAGACGAAGAGAAUUGUACUUCUGCACGCGCUUGUUCGGAAACAGAAUUCACCUGCGAGGACAACAGUCAUUGCAUACUGUUAACGUGGCGAUGCGAUGGCGACCCCGACUGUUCUGAUGGUUCGGACGAGGAUGUUGCCACGUGCAACGAAGGUUUCAUCUGCCCACCCAACAAAUUUCUUUGCAAAUCUCUCGGUCAAUUUGUGUGUGUUCCCACCGAGCGGAGGUGCGACGGCGAUAUUGACUGUGACGACGCCGUGGACGAGAAGAACUGCACCCGACCUCAAACGUGCUCAGAGGAAGAGUUUACCUGCACCGACAGAGCACAGUGCAUACCUGCAGCAUUGCGCUGUGACGGUACACGCGACUGCGUAGACGGUUCAGACGAAAAUUUUGUGGACUGCCUAAGUGAGGCACCAUGCCCGACGGACCAAUUCGCUUGCAGACGCACGCAGGAGGGCUCCGUGACGUGCUUACCUAGGACAUUGCUGUGCGACGGUCACACACAGUGCCACGACGGCUCCGACGAAGUCGGCUGCGAGAACCGAAUCUGCGAAGCCGGAGAGUUUCGUUGCACGACAGGGCGUUGCGUUCCCCAGCAGUGGACCUGCGACGGCAAGCCCGACUGCCCGGACGGAUUGGACGAGGACGUAAUAUUAUGCAACGUGUUCAUGUCGGUAUGCACUCCGAACCAGCUGCCCUGCUUCUCGCACGACGACGGCGUUAUCUGCGUCGACGAAGCGCAAAGGUGCGACGGACAUGUGGACUGCGACGACGGUAGCGACGAGAGGCUGAACUGCGCCAGGUUGGCCUUCCAUUGUAGAGGAAGCUAUUUGCGGUGCGAUAACGGCAGGUGCGUACCGAAGCCAUGGAAGUGCGAUGGUGAUUAUGACUGCUUCGAUGGAAGCGACGAGAAAGGCUGUGCCAGCACCGACGAGCAACGUUCCCAGAAUUGCUCGCUCAACGAAUUUUCCUGCUCAUCGGGUUCGACGUGCAUACCGCUGAACUUGCGUUGUGACCACCGCCCCGACUGCCCCGAUGAGUCCGACGAACACGACUGCCCUUCAGAGAUGUCCAAUUUCGUGGGCACGAAGACUGCUCUGCGAGUCUCAGAGCUCAACCGACAAAAGCACGCGCCCGAGUUCGAGAUCCGUCACAACCGUUCCGCAAACCAGAGGUUUGCAAGCACGGCCCCACCGCUCGACGAGAUCUUCAGCAUUAGUGGUUCAGGCCAGGGUGUAACAUUCUGCGAAGUUUUCCUUCGAGCACCAGCUGUCAGAGGGACCAGUGCCGUCAUGUCUGCAAUUCCUACAGCCCUGCUGUCUCUGCUGGUCUUCCUCAGCGGUCUCGCCACAGCAGUGACCUACAGCAUUCAGCUUGCUCGAAAAUGGGACCCUUGCUUGGCGAAUGAGUUCAAGUGCGCAAGCAACGGCAAGUGCAUUCGGGCGGCGUGUCUCUGCGACGGAAGAAAUGACUGCGACGACGGUUCCGACGAAAGCGACUGCUCACGAGGCCGCCGGUGUUCGGUGACGGAGUUCCGGUGCCAAAACGGCCAGUGCAUCCCGAGCUGGCGGCGGUGCGACGGCAGGCCCGACUGCGACGACCUCUCGGACGAAGGCGAGGCAAUGUGCGGGUCCGAGACUUGUCAUCCGGAUCACUUCGCGUGCAAGAACCGUGCCGGCGCUUGUAUUCCCGCCGAGUGGCGCUGCGAUCGAGUUCGCGACUGUGCCGACGGCUCGGACGAACUAGACUGCCCGAAUGUGACCUGUUCGGAGGAGACGGAGUUCGCUUGCCGAAACGGCCGAUGUGUCCUGCGGGGUUGGAGAUGCGACGGCGACGACGACUGCGGCGACGGAUCGGACGAAGAGCACUGUCCGCGCGACACGCGUUCGUCGUGAAAAUUCGCGUGCGGCAGUGGCGAAUGCAUCCAGAGUGAGCUGCGAUGCGACGGCCAUCGCGACUGCCAAGACGGGUCGGACGAAGAUUCGAAUACCUGCCCAGCAAGGACAUGCGACGACGAUGAGUUUGCCUGUGGGCUUCCCACUCGCACCUGCGUUCCCGUGAAGUCUCGAUGCGACGGUCACGAAGGCUGCGCCGACGGAUCCGACGAGAAGCAGUGCGAAGGUUCGACCUGCGUCGAGUAUGACAUUUCGUGCGCUAACGGCCAGUGCUUCAGGAUUUUGACUCGCUGCGACAGCUGGGAUGAUUUGGCGCUCCCGUUCACGUAGUUAGGAAAGACCAUCGUGUCGUGCUAGAACCUAUUGCGUGCUCCUCAAUUCCCGCUGUGAUGACCUUGAAGACUGCACCGCAGUAUUCUCCAAGAAAUGUUGAAGUUGAGCCGGCUCCAACGAGGAGCUGUAGGAAUGUUGUGCUCCUACAUAACGAGUGGGCAGGAGCAGUCAGUGCUCGCUUCGAGGUUGCAAUUGGGGGAUGGUCCUAAUGGCUGCCCGUACCUGUUGGACGAACUUUAUUUGUUCUACAGAGUUAAGACACAUUGUCCCAGUGAAACUGUGUGAUCAGUGCAGGCGAACGUGCGUUUCGAGGGUAUAUCGGUAGUGUGGAAUACCGCAGUGGUAGCUGUCACAAAAGUGAGCAAAGAAAAAUCCUCCUUCAGAUAUGCUACUUUCAUAUAGACUCAUAAUGGCAAAGCCUUUAGCGCAAUUCAAAGAGACAGGGACGUGACAGAGACACAGGACAGCGCUGUCCUGUGUCUCUGCCUUGUUGAAUUUCAUAUCGACACACCUAUUCAAGCACUGUCUACGUAAUCACAGUGUAUCGAAUGUAUGUGUGCUAGUACCUCGAGAAAGUUGUGUCGACAACACACAUUCUCUAUAGGCAAGUACAUAACCAUCUUGCAGCCCUUGAACAAGUGAUGGCAGGCAUCAGAAUAAAUGCUUCACGUACGAAAAUAAUGCUACGUUGGUUAUAUUUGCUCGUGAAUCAUGUGGUUCGUGGCAAUAUUACAUUUUCUUUCAUCCUUUUCAACAACUGCUUUUCUUUCGGACAUGUUCAGUCUUGACCGGCAUUAGGCGACUUCAUGCAUUCGACUUCCUUGUCAUUUUGGUGCGCAAGCUUUUCCAGAACCUUCCAUGAGUUUACUUUUGUGAUUCUGCUCCCAACACCGCUGUUUCUCGUAACACAGCGAUGGUGAAAUAAGCACGUAAAUUGCACAGAGCAUUAUCAAUUGCUGCUGUGAGGGAUCCUGCAGGAUCUUCAAUCUGACUGAAAUUUCCUCCCGUAGUGAUCACGGUGUACCAGGGUAGUGCAGACGUUUACACCCUAAAAGCGUCUAUUGCGUAGUCGAUGAACCCCCUGCAACAGGUCAAGGAAAUAAAGUUGAGCACUUCGGUUUUAAUUUUUUUAAUGCCUUGCUCAGUGUAUUUCAUUUCGAUGUUUCGAAGCAUACUGUAUGUAUUUCUUAACGAUUAUGUUUCGGGAAUGUGAACGUUAAUGGAUAUGUUUUAGUAAUUUUAUAUAGAGGUAUAAAGAACGGUUUUUAUAAUACCUUAAAAAAAUUGAAUAAGUUCCGAGAUAUCGCGCGCCGAAACCACAAUCUGAUUAUGAUGCCCGGAAUAAAUUUGACCACCUGGGGUUCUUUUAUAAGUGUAACAUGAAACUGCAGUGAAUUCCGGCAUUACAUCCGACCAUGGAAGAAGGAAAACUAGGAGAGGCCCUAUAACGCGUCCGCGCGCUAGGAGAAAAGUGCGGAGGAAAUGACGUAGUACGUUCUCCUUGUUUUUUCUUUCUGUUCUUUUUUAUUUCUUUUGUUGUAGCGGCCACGCCUUUCGGGCCACAACGGCGGCUUUGUUGUGGUUGUGUGCGCUCACACGUGUUGCUCCGUAUAGUUUUCGUACCGUGGCAAAGGCGCCGUGUGGGCAAAUUCGCGUUCGUCUCCGUGUUUUGCUGCGCUGUGUUAUCUGGACCGUGCUCUCCCGGAUGUUGCUGUGGCCAGGUGGGACAGGAGGAACUAAAGUUCGUGAAAUGAACGCGCAUGCAACGCUGUACGCUAUGUAUACCGCGCCACGGCAAUGGCAACGGGCGAAGGAAUAUCCGCG